CACAAUGAAUGUGUUUAGGACCCCCCACAAACUCUUCUUAGUCAAUUUCUCCAAUAAAUGUUUCAUUUUCAUUUGAUAUUAUCGCUCGUGUGGUGUUAUUUUGAAAAGUCGGAAGAUCCUCCCAGCUGCUGGUCCGGUUUAGUUUAGCAUACUCGUGACAGAUCGAGUGUGCAAUGCACGAGUCACUUACUUUUCUUCCGGAUUUUUGCCCAAAGGAUGUUUCCGAUUCUUAAACCAUAAACGUUUGACACAAACUUGCUAAGAACUAAAAUGAGGAGUCGCAGCAAUUCUGGAGUUAAACUUGACAACUACGCGCGGAUAGUUCAGCAGACCAUCUUGCGUCACCAAGAUCCAGUGACAGGCCUGUUACCUGCAAGCAAAGAGCAGCCUGAUGCCUGGGUGAGGGACAAUGUCUACAGCAUCCUGUCUGUAUGGGCACUCAGUUUGGCCUACAGGAAGAAUGCAGACCGUGAUGAAGAUAAGGCUAAAGCCUAUGAGCUCGAGCAGAGCGUAGUGAAGUUAAUGAGGGGGGUGCUUCAGUGCAUCAUGCGCCAGCUGGACAAAGUGGAAAAGUUUAAAUACAGUAAGAGCACUUCAGACAGCCUCCAUGCCAAGUAUAACACUCACACUUGCGCCGCUGUGGUGGGUGACCAGGAGUGGGGACAUCUUCAGCUGGAUGCUACAUCCCUCUUCUUACUCUUCCUGGCACAGAUGACCGCCUCAGGGCUCCACAUUGUGUACACUCAGGACGAGGUUGAUGUGGUCCAAAAUCUGAUGUUUUACAUUGAAUCUGCAUAUAAAGUGGCUGAUUAUGGGAUGUGGGAGAGAGGGGACAAAACCAAUCAAGGGAUCCCUGAGCUAAACGCCAGCUCAAUCGGCAUGGUGAAAGCGGCACUUGAAGCUCUAGAUGACUUGAAUUUAUUCGGGGCCAAAGGGGGACCAGGUUCUGUGAUUCAUACCUUAGCAGAUGACAUCCAGCACUGUCAGUCCAUCCUGAGCUCCCUGUUACCCAGAGCCUCGACAUCUAAAGAGGUUGAUGCUGGGCUUCUGUCCAUCAUUUCAUAUCCAGCCUUUGCUGUGGAGGACAUGGAAUUAGUCAACAUCACUAAGGAGGAAAUCAUCUCUAAGCUCCAGGGAAGAUAUGGCUGUUGCCGUUUUCUUAGGGAUGGCCACAAAACACCUAAAGAGGAUCCUAACAGACUGUACUAUGAAUCUGCUGAGUUAAAGCUUUUUGAAAACAUUGAAUGCGAGUGGCCACUUUUCUGGACCUACUUGAUCCUAGAUGGCAUCUUUAUCAACAGUCCAGAGCAGGUGCAGGAAUAUCGAGAAGCUCUGGAAGGUAUCAUGAUCAAACAGAAAGAUGGGAUACGGCUGCUGCCUGAGCUGUAUAGUGUUCCUCCUGAUAAGGUGGAUGAAGAGUAUGUUAAUCCUCAUUCUGUGGAAAGAGUCCCAAUGGGAAAGUGUCCUCUGAAGUGGGGACAGUCCCUGUAUGUUCUGGGCAACCUUUUAGCAGAGGGUUUCCUGGCUCCUGGAGAGAUAGACCCAUUAAACCGCAGGUUCGCUACCAUCCCUAAACCAGAUGUUGUGGUACAAGUGUCCAUUAUUGCUGAGAAUGAGGACAUUAAGGCACUGCUGCUGAAGAAUGGCAUUGAUGUGGAGAGCGUGGCAGACAUUCAUCCUAUCAGAGUGCAGCCGUCUCGAGUUCUCGGUCACAUUUAUGCUAGGCUAGGUCGUAAUGAGAGACUGGGACUGACUGGCAGACCUUAUCGUAGGAUUGGCGUGUUGGGAACCUCAAAGCUCUACAUCAUCCGCAACACCAUCUUUACCUUCACACCACAGUUCAUUGAUCAUCAGCAGUUCUAUCUGGCUCUGGAUAAUAAGAUGAUAGUGGAAAUGUUGCGGACUGACCUGUCAUACCUUUCCUCUCGUUGGAGGAUGACUGGCCGCCCCACCGUCACCUUUCCCAUUUCCCAGACCAUGCUGAAUGAAGACCACACAGACUUGAACCCUGCUGUGCUGGCUACCCUUAAAAAGCUACAGGAUGGCUACUAUGGAGGGGCAAGGAUCCAGACCGGCAAGUUAUCCGAGUUCCUGACCACAUCUUGUUUUGCUCAUCUAAGCUUUCUCGAUAGUGGUAAGACACCUUCCAGUAAUAAGGACUGGAAUGAAGAUGAUGAUGACGGCUACUUUGCAGGUGCUAUGCAUGAACUGAACUUCAAUGAUGAUACGGAUGACCUAGCACAAUACCUAGACCAGCUGUUGACUGCAACUGUGCCUCAGCGGGGUCCCAAAGUUGAGUCUGAGGCUAAAGGACUAGGGCGCUUCAAGGCUGCAGCCACUAAGACACGUGAGAUGGUGUCUCUCGUGAACAAAGCCAAGGAGCUCCAAAUCCACAAUGUGCACAUGUAUCUUCCCAAUAAGCUUUUUUACAACCCUCAACCUGCAUUAAAUCUUAAAGAUUUCCCAGGACCAAUGACCAGUGAGAGUUCAGAGGUUUUCGGGUCUUCUGUGUAUAACCUGCCGCGGGACGAUCAUGGUGUCAUUGACUACAAUGGUCUAGUUCAGGUCCUCAAAAACACCCAAAGCCUUCAUGACCAGGCAGACAUCCUCUACAUCCUUUUUAAAGACAAGGGAAUGGAUUGGGACACAGAGGUGCAUGGGAAAGGCAGCACUGUUAAGAGUUUAAUGGUGGAUCUCUAUCACAAGGCAGGAGAUAUGCGAAACUGGGAUCUUGUCCGCAUGAUUUCAGGCAUGCUCCGCAAGAAAGGAGAAUUGGACUGGGCCUGUUCAGAUUUGCUGGCCCACCAGAAACACCUAACAGUCGGUUUACCACCAGAACCCAGAGAGAAGACCAUCACUGCGCCUUUACCACCUGACCAGCUGGCAACACUUAUUGAUCAAGCCAGUGAAAGCAACAUCACCAUUGCCAUCCUUACACAGGAGAUCAUGGUGUAUCUGGCAAUGAUCAUCAGAACUCAGCCCAAUUUGUUCAGUGAGAUGUUCAGGCUGAGGAUCGGCCUCAUCAUUCAGGUCAUGGCAACUGAACUGGCACAGUCUCUAAACUGUUCAGGUGAGGAGGCCACUGAGAGUCUGAUGAAAUUGAGUCCAUCUGAGUUGAAGAAUCUUCUCCAUCACAUUCUGAGUGGCAAAGAAUUUGGAGUUCAGAGAAGUGUUCGUUCAGUUGAGAUGGGAGCCACUCCUGUCAUUUCCAUCCACGAGGUCGGAAAUGUUGGUGCCACUAAGAGCGAGCGAGCAGGCAUAAGCAAACUGAAGAGUGACAUGAAGUUGUUGGAUGAUCUCAGAUUAUCUUGGUCGACCCUAAGUAAGGCAUCUUUUAGUCAGUCCUUCGACAUUGAGCCCACUGAGUCAAGGAUGUAUCGAAACCCUUCAAUUGAUGUAUCUGAUAGCGCAAUGGGUUUUGGCAUGCCCAUGGAUAGUCGACAGGGCCAGUGGCUACGCAGAAGGCGGCUUGAUGGUGCUCUCAACAGAGUUCCUGUUGGCUUUUAUCAAAAAGUCUGGAAGAUUUUACAGAAGUGUCAUGGGCUUUCCAUUGAAGGAUUUGUGCUCCCAUCUUCUACUACAAGAGAGAUGACACCGGGUGAGAUUAAGUUUUCAGUCCAUGUUGAAAGAGUGCUUAACCGCGUCCCUCAGCCUGAAUAUAGGCAGCUGCUGGUAGAGGCAAUCCUGGUACUUACCAUGCUGGCUGAUGUGGACAUACAAAGCAUUGGCAGCAUCAUCCACAUCGAGAAGAUUGUUCACAUUGCUAAUGACAUAUUUUAUAAUGACCAGAAGGAUCUUGGUGCUGAGGACAGUAUUUUAGAAAAGGAUCCAUCUACAGGCAUCUACCGGCUCCUGUAUGAUACUGCACCCAGUGGCCGUUUUGGCACUAUGACUUACCUCACUAAAGCUGUGGCCACCUAUGUCCAAGAUUUCCUUCCUAGUGGCUCCUGUAUUGUACAAUGAUAUAGUGUUUUUAUUUUAAUAGUGUGCUGCUUAUUGUACAGUGAAGAAACCACUAUUUUAGUGCAGAUUGAAAGUUACUAAUUUAUUGGCAAUAUAGUGUGUAGUAUGUGUGAAUGAGUAAUGUUAGAAAAUAUAUAAUUGGAAUAAACUUGUUGUUGACCUUUUGUUUUGGUUUUUCACGUCAGUUAAUGUUUUAAUGAAGUAUUAAACUAAGUAAUAAAUUAUUAAGACAUUA